AAGCCAUGAAUGCUGUCGUGAACUAGUAUGUGGUGACCAUUCUUCGAGUUUCCAUCUGUGAUGUCUUUCACAAGGACCAUUUUCCAGGGAAGUACAGCGACAUUUCAUUUUAGCCAUCUAUUUCGCAACUGUUAAAAAUGAAGGACCAUUUUCUUUAUAAAUCUUCAUCAGCAUUGAACACCUAUCUGCCAGUAUAAUUCUCUUUGUUUCAAACUAUGGCUGCUAUUCGAUAAUAGUUAUCAACUGCAAAUUUUGUAUCACAUAAGCAUGUUUGCAGUCUACUUCUUGUCACUGUUUUUGUUUUUUAAUCUCUUUGCAUUUCAGUAUAAAUCUUGCUGUUGGCCAAAGAUGUGCUAGAAAAUGGUCUUUUACCAAAACGUCUCGCAUAUUAAAGAAUAUUUUAACAGCAGCCUACAGUGUUACAUGAUGUAAUUUUGAAAAUUUGUCAGAACUGUGGAACAGAAACGACAUGAAAUAUUUUGGGAAUAUCAGUAUAUUUGAAUUCACAAUAAACUGCGUAAAAAUUAGUAAUUUAUGAUUGCAUAAUAUUCUGGUUUUAUCUACUAAUUUGAACAAAACACACCAAAAAAAUAAAAACAUAACUAAUCCGCAUGUAAGCAACUCCUGACAUGUUUUGUAUAAUAUAUUAAUGCACUUACAGCAACGCGGUUUCUUUGCCAUGCUGAGAAAUUUUCACUUUUUGUCACGGGGCGGACUUGGAGAUUUCAAGGCUAUUAACGGCAGUAGCAAUCAUUGGCUGUUGACUGCACCGCUAGAAUAUCUGCAUGCAUGUUGUAAGAAAUUGCACUUCGCAAGACGGACAUAUAGUAUAUGAUCAUAAACUCUUCCCUAUGUUUUCAUCAUGAUCUUGCAACAUUUAUUAAGAGUGUUUCGCAUACCUAUGUGCCAGAAUUUUAAGGCAUGUGACUUCGGAAAGAAUUUACGCGAUUAUUGAAGCAGGUAGGUCUGUUACUGAGGAGUAGUUAAUAAGUCUACAAGCUUUCUGCACAUUUGAAGUCACUUAUUCCCUGAUAUGGGUUCAUCUAAACAUAUUCAUUCUUUCUCAUCAUCAGGUUCCGAAAUAUAUCCUGGCACAUGCUAGUUUCAUUCUCAGGUUGUAUUCACAUACAAAGUUAUCUUUCACCAUGAAUUGCUUUUAUUACGUGAACAUUACCAAAUCUGACAGAAAGAUUGCACCAUUUUCCAAUGCUCCCUCAGUGUUUCCGCACCAGCAGCAUCGUACUCCAUCGACUUUGAACUGGUCUUAUGAAGGUAACUUGAAUCGGGAAGAAGUAAUAGUUAAUUUGAUGAUGGAGAGGAAUGUGUGUGUCUGGCGUUAGAGGGGACGGGAGAAUAAACUCUAGUAAACCGGUCAAAGUGCAUUUACGUUGUAGUUACUACAAGUAGACAUGUAGGGAUGUAGACAUUAGAGAGCUGCAGCAAAGAAAUCUUCGACCUGAAGACCGAAACAAGAACAAAUUCUGAAAUGCCUUGAACUGCGAGUAUUUAAGCAGAUUUAUGCAAAAUGGAGCUGUUAUAGGCAUCUCUUUGAGCCGCUGUAGUCGAUACGAUUCCCACACAUUGCAAUACAAUCCUUGCGCCAGUAAACUAAGCUACAAUGCACGAAUAGGUUGGUUUAAAUUGUGAAACAUUCGGCGAUAAAUCGCAACUGAAAAACUAUGCUUCUUUUGCAGCAAAACUACUCAUUACUGUCUGCCUUUCGAUUUUUUUGAAAAUUAAUUCACUGCCAUUUGAAAGAUUGAGCCUUUUUUUGUACAUUGCAAUGGAAACUAGAAAUUUGGGAAAUGAAACAAGUAUGAAUAUUUACGAUAAAUUCUCCACAUAAUGUAAAGACACUGCUGAAAGACUGAGUUGCAGCAAGGGAAUAACUGCAGACUAUUACAGCAGUGGACCAGAGCUGAUACUUUUUUACUAUGUCCAUAUGCUUAACAUAGCAACGAAGAUGCAUUUUAAAAUAUAGUGCUGGAGCAUACAUAUCUCCACAACGUAUGUGACACAAAGGAAAAGAGAAACUGUAAACCACAUAAUAGUUUUAAAACAAUGAAUUACUUCAAAAACGCUUCAUUCAUAAGAAAGCCACCAAGAAUGGUCGCUACCCCCUAUCGCUCCAUUAACGGAUACCGCUACCGUACUUGUUACAAGUUAGAUAUUCAUUUAAAAUCCAAGUCCGGUUGCAGGUGUAGUUGACACUAAUAAAGACUUCUCUGCUCAUCAAUCCAAAAUACGCAAUAUCGAGUGGCGUUACUUGUCCCUUCUUGUUUCUGUACCGCUUACCGAUGCUCCUUUGUGUCCAGUGGAGCCAACGGUCAGCUGUGAUGUCACGUGACUCCCGUCGUGAUCGUAAUCUAUCGUUGUAUUAACGUGAAAAACAUACGCGUUGUUGAAGUUACGUCCUGUAAGUAUCUACAAAUAGUUGGGUAAUCAAUAAGGAGGAAAAUUGUGUUCUGUGGUAAUAGAUUUGACAUCACAAAAACUAGAUCGAUCUCUCGAUGUUCGCUAAUGCAAAAUGCCGGCAACCUAACUACAAAGGGGCGAAACAAGACGAAGAUGUUAACUGCCCAUGUAUUUAAUUUUCGUAGUGGUCUACACAGCGACAAUUGCAAUAUAGAGUAAGACAGAAUUACAUAUAAAUUAAAUUUUCUUCGCCCGAAGACUCGAUGGUAGUUAUAAUAUCAUAUACGCAGUGGUGCCCAAGUUUAGUGUUGGCUCAUUUCACAGUCAUUCACGGCAGAAUGUGAAACACUGACAUAAAAUGUGCAGUGGCUUAAUAUCUUUUUUCUUAUUUUUUUAAAACUUUGUGAAUUUUGCCAAUAGUAACAUACCCUUUCCAGUAAAAUGAACAAAAACACGAUAGACCAGCAACAAUACUUUUCAGAGCCUACCGCAUGUUUAAUUUUGCGAACUGGAUCAAACGAAGAUACAACCGAUAGCAAUCGAAAGAUAACUUAAACAAGAAAAUAUUAUGUUUUCGAUCUUUUUAUUAGCAACUAAUCCUAUGCAGCUGCGGGCCGACCGUUGUUUACCUGACUGCAGAAAUAAGAUUAGGCAUUGGAGUAGAUGACUGGUGAGAGCGGAUUAUCACGAGGAACACAGAUUUUUUUCAGUAGUAAGCUAUAACUGUGUGAGGACGGUGUUUUGUAUAUCUAGUAUCGUUUCGGUGCUGGUAAAACAUAGACUUUCAAAAUUAUGACGAUAAAAGGUUCUAGAACAAUGAGUAAUUACAGUUGCUUCCAUGGAAAGCCAAAUAAUAUUGUCAGGACGAUGUUAAAAUAUCUCAGUUGAUCAUUAAAGCAUAGUUGACGAUUUGAUGUUUGGGAAAUUUCUGAACACUUACGGUAAAGACAAUCGGAAAAUACGCCGUGCCUUAUGGAAGUUAUUUGUCUGACUUCAUAAACAUUUACAAACAACGUAAGAUUUCGUGAAAUAACUUAUGUAACGGACAGGAGUUAUCAGAAGCAGCUACGUCGAAAGAAUAAAUUGUAAUAUUAAACAGAAUUGUUUUUAACUUGCACGUUUUUGUGAUGAACGGUAUCUAGAGGUGUCGAAUAGUUACUCUAUUUUUUAUGAACUUUCUUCGCAGGCAGUGUAUAUAUUCUGCAUAAUCCUCAGCGGGAAUACACAAAACAAAUAUGCUUCAAUACUCAGAACAGUCGUAAAUUGGUUUCUUGUCAGAUGUGUUACAGAAUUUCUUCACGAGCGUGAGUGUCAUACUGCAGCUCGGAUGAAAGAAUCGUCAGAAAGGGUUGUUUAAGGCGCAGGAGCACGACAGUGUAAGUGCACAGAAUGCUGCGAAAUAAAAAGUGAAUGCUGCCUCCUUAAUGCAAGAAAAAUCGAUUUUUUUUCGCAAGGGAGGAAUUAACAACAUUCCUCCGCUCGACAUCUUUGCCAUCGCAUUUCGCUUUCGUUAAGAUUAUAGAUAGUGAGAAGACGUUGCUAUUAACAUUAAAUCGUUGUGCCUUUCGUUCGAUGGUUUCCGUAUGCUUACAAACAGGACAAUAAAAUUUCAAAGAUUGUUCAUUUUGAAGAGUCUUUGUCGAAAAUAUGUUAUCUAACGGUGGUAGUUCACGUUAUCACAAAUAUACUUCAGAAGUCUCCGAAUUUAAAAUAUGAAGCAGUCUUGAAAUUGUUGUUGAUAGAAUUUUAUAAGGUAAGUGAUAAACACAGCUUCAGCAUCAGUUAGGAAUACGUGGUUACGCUAUGUGCAGUGUGAGAGACUGUUUCCGUGAUUGGUUACCCAGGGGAUUAUGGUGGCACAGGACAGUGGCAGGAAGAUGGCGUCUAUGCGGUAGUGCUAGCAUUUUCAUUGAAUUAAGAUAUGGACAAAGCUCACUCAUUUUUCAGCCCGAGUUUUUAGUUAGUUAUUCACAAGUGCUGUCCGUCUUAGUACGUACAUACGCUAUGAGUUUCAGUGAUACUUUGCGUUCUGGAUUGUCUCCGGACUUUCGUUAAUGUGUUUCGGUUCCUGGCUUCCACUAACCAGCACAUAAUAAAUUAGUAUAGUUUUUAGAAUCGUUAAAGCAUUGUGUUGGCUGUUAUAAGUAUCACGUUAGACAGUGGUUGUUCAUACAAUUAAUGGAUUGGAACGUACAAGAGAAUUUACUCAGAAACGAACUACAAUGUUUACAAAUACAGUUUUAAAUAGUUUGAUUUCACUUCCUCGCUAGCCAGGAAAAAUAAAAAGAAAAUAUGGAAGAUAAGAAUCCAGAACGGAAGAUAAUGGUUUUUCGGCCAACCUAUGAGGAAUUUAAAGAUUUCUCAAAAUUCAUUGGCUACAUGGAAUCACAAGGCGCCCACAAAGCCGGCGUUGCUAAGAUCAUACCACCACCAGAAUGGGUGCCACGAAAAUCGGGAUAUAAUAUAGAUGAAAUUGAUUUGAACAUACCAGCUCCAAUCUGUCAGGUUGUUGAUGGAAAACCUGGUCUUUAUACUCAAAUCAAUGUACAGAAGAAAGCAAUGACUGUUAAGGAAUACAGGGAUCUAGCUUGCAGUGAUAGUUACAAUACACCAAAGCACAGCGAUUAUGAAGAGCUCGAGAGCAUGUACUGGAAGAAAAUAAUGUAUGGUUCACCAAUUUAUGGAGCAGAUGUCUCAGGCUCACUAACAGAUAAAGAUGUUGAUGUGUGGAACAUAAACCAUCUGGGAACCAUAUUAGAUUAUGUGAAUGAGGAUUACGGCAUUAGCAUAGAUGGAGUUAACACCGCAUACUUGUAUUUUGGAAUGUGGAAAACCACCUUUGCAUGGCAUACAGAAGAUAUGGAUCUCUAUAGUAUUAACUAUCUCCAUUUUGGGGCACCAAAGACAUGGUAUGCCAUCCCACCAGAGCAUGGUCGCAGGUUUGAGCGUCUGGCAACAGGAUUUUUCCCUGAGGCUUCAAAAAGCUGUCCUGCCUUCCUGCGGCACAAAAUGUCUCUAAUAUCUCCGAGAGUAAUGAGAAAGUACUCCAUUCCGUUCAAUAAAAUUACUCAGGAAGCAGGUGAAAUCAUGAUAACGUUUCCAUACGGAUACCAUGCAGGUUUCAACCAUGGUUUUAACUGUGCAGAGUCAACAAAUUUUGCCACUCCCCGUUGGGUGGAAUAUGGAAAGAGGGCAUCUCAGUGUCACUGCAGGGAGGACAUGGUGAAAAUCAGUAUGGACACAUUUGUGAAGCGUCUCCAGCCAGACCGCUACCUCCUUUGGCUACAAGGGAAAGAUGUGGGUCCCCACCCCGAGGAUCCCUCGCGAAACUACGCUGCACCUCCACCCACGCAGCGUGAAGUCCUUGCAAACAAAAAUAUUUUGUGCCACAGCAAUGCCGACAUGCCGCAGAAUGUGCUCAUGAACAUUCCGAGAGCGAAGACCCACCACCGCAAGAAGGUGUCUCCCGGCAGUGUUACAGAGUUGCCUUCCGACCUAGAAGACUUGGACGGUCUCGAGUAUCCACACGACCUACCUUCAGAGGUAAUCAGGAUAGCGGAGGAGAUACGCAAUGAAGAAAUCGACUUAAUGGAUGAGAAGACAUUUGAGGUCAUGCAGGAUGUGUGGCUGAAAGCUGGAGAGAUGGAUAUAACAGAGACACUCUUAUAUGAGGAAGAGCUCCGCAAGAAACGCAAACGGAGGCGAAACAGUGAACACUGCAGCCCGACAAAGAGGCUGAGCAAUUUGGAGGAAGACGAAAGCUGCGAAGACAGUCAGCACGAACUUCAGUCGCAACAAGAAGGUGCAAGGACGAAGAAAUGCAAACAUAAGAGGCACCACCAUCACCAUCACCGUCACCAUCACCGCCACCGCGACAAGUUACAGUUGGACUUCAGCCCGGAGGAGCUGGAGGAGGCGGGCAUCCCGGAUGCACUGCUCCAGUACCUGGCUGCCGAGGAAGGGGAGGGCGUGGCAGCCGCGGAGCUCGAAUCGAAGAGCCGGCCACCCAAGUUGAAGCGCCACCCCGUCACGGUGACGGAGAAGCGCUGCAUCGACGAGUACUUGGAGCUGAUAGACCGCCACUACGAGGAGGCUGCAGAGAAGAGGUUGUCUGCGGCCGGUGGAAGCGGGCCGUCGCUAACGCGGAUCGUGGAAGCGCUCCGGCAGCCACAGCGUGGCCCGUCGCAGCCGGCUGGCGAGUCUGCCAGUACUGACUGUCAUAACAAGAGCAUUAAGAGUGAAGAUGCAGAUUUUACAGCUGAGGACAUGAAUGCUGUACAUGGACUUCUGAAUCUGCAGUCGAAGAAUACAUCACCGGUGUUGACGACUGAGCAUGUGCCCUCUGCAAGCGCAUUAGACGUGGAAUGCCCCAUCCUGGAUAGCCAAGUCCCAAGUGUUGGAGCCACUGUCGAUGUCACGACAGGGUCUUCACCAGUGAAGGACGUCAAACCAUCAAAGGUUUUAAUUGUGAGGAAUAUUGGUACAGACCAGGAUGGUACGGGCAGGUAUCUGAAACUUGCCAAUACUUACGUACCAUUUAAAAUGGAACCGUUUGACGGUGGCAAGUUCGUGGUGAUACAGCCGCCCAGAGCAUCACAGGAGUCAGUGAGCCACACACUUGGCCAGCAGCAGCCACUGCCUCUAACAUCUCCAGGACAAAACUUCGACGCCCAGUCACAAACUAGGGUUGUUGUGCAAAGGUCAUCUGUGCCACCUUUCCCCAGCAAAACACCGUUCCAUGUUCAGGUAAAUAUUGGCAAGAACAACAUGUUCAUGUGCAAUGUGGAGACUGGUGAAAUCCGCCCUCUGGGCCAAACGGAGGACAGCUCCUCUGCGAGCCGGCAGGCCGGUUCGCUCUCCCACUUUGCUGCAACCGCUCGGCAGCCACCGCCACAGCAGCAGCAACAGAAACUCGGCUGGCACGCUGCCACACACGUACACACAGGGCCACCCAGCCAGAAGGUGGUAAAGUUGCUGGGGGAGUUCAUUCUGCCAAAGAUCGACGUCGCAAAGCAGCCUGCUGACGCCAAAAAAAUGAUGUAUCUACUGCCGCCAAAUGGUGGUUCCGUUUCACCGAAUGUCAACCAGAGAGCAGACUCUGCUGGCGAGAGCACACGGCCUGGCACGGUGGGUGUUUCAGAGCCCAUCCAGAACAAUACGUUGAAGCAGUUGUUGGCCUACCGUCCCAGUGCGGGUGCGAAGCCCACUUCCGGAGGACAGAGCAGAGAAGACGGUGCUCCUACUGCGAAUUUUACUUCUGGAGGACAGAUCAGAGAAGGCAGCGUCUCUGCUGUGAAGCCGGCAAAUGUCGGAGUGAGUUCAGAACGGAGCAGACAGCUCAGAGCUCUCAUCAAGCUGUUGGGACCCACAGCCAAUCUCAAGAAUGAAGCAAUACUGAAGAGAAUCAGUCAAGCUCUGUCACUAGCAAGAGCGAGAGCACGAUCAGAAGACAGUCCAAAUUCCAAAGGUAGUGCAAUGUCAAAGGCUGGGGCAUGGAGGAAAGGAGCACCUCCUGAUCGCUCCCUAGACAGAGUUGGAACUUGCGCAUCAGAAGGCGGUAAAUCUAGUCGCCCAGUCUCUGGCAGAUUUUCAGAAUUCGCAGUUCCUAGCAGUGUCGACAGUCAAUCAGGUGACGCGAAGCAGUGGAGACGUGCUACAGCAUACCGGCAGCAACGUAAGCGUGGCAGCAGGCUGAACGGCGUGGGCCCAUCCGGUCGGCCUCCGAGGCCGCCCGUCCGUCCACCGAUAUCUGCCCGCAAGAAUCUGAGUCCCGCCGAUCAGCAGAAGCUUAUAGAACUGCAAAAAGUGCUGGAUGACUUUGUGGAGAAUGUUAUCCUCGAGAAAGGUGACAACCCCAAAAGUGAAGAGAAAUUGGGAAACGACCAGGCAGCCGUGUCGACACCUCCCGACGGUGCCGUUAAGGUGAAAGGGGAACGGUGCGCUGGUGGGAGAGAGUGUGUUCUCCCGGGGCAGGAGAAGAGCGACAGGAAGCGGGAGCAGUCGGUAACACUGUACGCGGCAGCCGAAGGCGCGCCUCUGCCGUCGUGUACGCUGACAAAGGUCAGUGUCAAACCGAAGGAUGAGAAGGUGCUGUUCAAGUACGAGCAGUCGGUGACGCCCGGAUCGGGAUCCGCACCCGGCUGCGGCACGGCUCGCCAGGUGUGUCGCCCCGACCUGGUGAGGCCACUGUCGGUCGCCAUCACGAGACUCCCCACGACGGUCGCUUCGGCAGCUGCCGGCAGUGGCAGCUCCAGUUCACCUGCCCCGCUGCUGGUGCCGGCAGAUGAGGAGCCGGCCUGCAACAGUCCUAGCAGCGAACCACCCCAGCUCUCUCCCGAAGGUCCUGGCUUCAUGAAGGAGAUGCAGCACUCGGCACCGGCAGAUAUGGCCCUGGAGCGUGCUUUCAAUGCAUACUGGAGCGAACAGUACCCACACUGUUCCCUGUGCACUGUUUUGCUGCACACAAAGUGCUGUUCAGGUGACAUUAACUUAGAUGAAUGGAAGAACAGUCGGACAGUGACGAAACCAUAUGUGAGUCCAGUAUGGUUUCCAGAGCGUAGUAAGGAGAUGGAGUCACGGCGCUUCUUCGACUCCCACACAGGUGUGAAGGUGCUGCUGACAUGUAUCGAGUGUCAGCUGUGCGUGCACACGACGUGUUACGGCACCAGUGAGCAGCUCCCAAGUGCAGCGGGCAACAUACGUGGCAACUGGCGCUGUGAGAGGUGUCUCUUCGGCUCCCUCGGUUCGGUGUGUUCGCUAUGCAGUAUGCGUGGCGGAGCGUUGCGUCGCACCGAGACGGGGGCCUGGGUGCACCUGCUGUGUUCAGCCGCUCUGCCCGGCGUGCCAUUCCACGAUGCUCUGGAUGUGAGGGGCAUCAGUCUGUAUGCCAGGCAUCUGGAUUGCAAGUACUGCGGAGUGCGCGCAGGGGCGUGUGUGCGCUGCUGCCACGAGGGCUGCAGCGCCACGUUCCAUGCCACCUGCGGCCUGCUGGCGGGCGCCCGAUUCGGGCUGCGUGUGCCGCCCGACUGCCGCAGCGUGCUGGAGGCGCGCUGCCGGAGGCACGCCCGCAAGGCGUGUGCUUUGGAAACGGGGCAGGCGGUGGUGGUGUGGGUCGGGGGCAGCUGCUUCGCCCCCGGGCACCUCACCCGCAUGUCGGUCAGACCGCUGCUCAAGGUCGCCCUGCCAGAUGGCAGACUCCUCCACGAGGUCGACCCGUCCGCCAUACUCAGCCGGGACUGCUCACGCCUUGGCACACCUCUUCUCAACUCUGAAGUGGAUGUCUGGCUGAACGGAAUGAGGUGUUCAGCAACCUUUCAGGGUGUGACAAUCAAGCAGGAGUUUGACGUUGUUCUGAACAACUCAGAGAAGAGAACAUUCAGACACGAAGAACUUUUUCGCGUUAAGGAUGAGAAUUUGUGAUAACUGGCUUGCCUAGUUUCCAGUUUGUGAGCAACUGCCAGCUUCCAUCUCCUGUCAGCCGUGCCCACGCGUGGCCAUUCCACCGAGGAGUGCUCUCUCUCUCUUCCCUCAGAUUUAGCCGAAACUUCCAGUUUUUGUAGCAUUAGUAGCUCAUAAGUUCUAUUGGCACUUUGUGAACAUUCUAUUGUAAAUAUUUACAAAACAGUGUGAAUUUAUUUUGUUCUCAAAAAUGCGAUUGGCGUCACUGUGAGAGCCACAUAACACGUGCUCUGAUCGCGACAGAAGGUGGUCGAUCGCUCGACGAUUGAUGUUGUGUCUCAGAGAAACUGUACAAUCCUGCUUCCAUAUAUUUUGUGUUAUGUAUAGAUUUGAGUGAGUUCUUAAGUUUUUUUUUGUCUCUAGAGACUGAGUUGACACAGACUAUUAGUGUGGAACUGUCUGUUGGAGUACAGCCGUGAUUAUAGUUUCACUUAGAUUCACUGAGUUGCACUGUAAACUGGCAGCGUUUUAUUUGACAUUUCUUGUCAUUACAACAAAAGCACCAUUAAAAAAGUUUUAAAUAUGGAGGAAAGAAAGAAA